AAAUGAAACCAGUUGAGUUGUAUUCACGUAUCUGAAUGGGUACGUGUACGUGUCGUGCACGCAUAAAUCGAAUGUACAACAAACGAUUAAUAAAAGAAAAUUUAAUAAAUAUUGUAAAUAAAUAUUAAGAAACGGGUCAUUGCAAACAAGAAUUGCAGACGAAAUUUGAGUGUUACGAAAAUCACUGCAUUCUCAAAUGAUCAGUGCCUAAAAAUGUAUCUUUCGGAUUACUAAAUAAAUGCCAAUUUGCAAUGCGCAAACUGUUGUGAAGUGAGAAGUGAAGCGAAAAGUAAAUACGCAAGUGCGAAAAUGGGCACGAAAUAAAUGUUGUAGUGAACAACAACAACAAUAGCAACGGUGUAAAGUAAGAAAAAACAUCAUACAGCCACAUCAAUAAAUAUUUGCAGUAAAUCGGAAAGAAUAACUCCGAUAUAAAAGUUACGAUUUAAAUAACAUAAAUGUCAGUUAACAAAAACAAAAGAAUUUUAUUAUAAUAUUUACAUUGCAACAAUUACAUAUAUUCAUACUACAUAUUGCAUGUAUAAAUAGCAAUAAAAACUCAAUUGAAACAACAAAAAAUAUCAACAAUAAAAAUAGCUACACUUACAACAACAACGCAAAAAUGUCGACAACACGCACCUCGGAUUGUCGUAAAUUUUCACCAAAUAUCUUCAACAAAAGCAAAUGCAGUCACUGCUUUCGUCAGCGUGAGGAACAUAGCGCCGCCGCAUUGGAAUGCAAUCGGCCGGUAACACCGCCUGCUUCACGUAAGGUUUCAAAAUGUGGUUAUCUCUUCGUAGCACCCGACUGGGACUUCAGCAAUCCGUUGUACAGAACAAAGAGAUGGCAACGGCGAUGGUUCGUUUUAUAUGAUGACGGUGAACUGACAUAUUCGGUGGAUGAGCAUCCCGAAACUGUGCCACAAGCAUGCAUCGAUAUGACCAAAGUACUCGAAGUCGCCAUGGCGGAAGAUGUGACGGGUCAUACCAAUUCGAUUGCCAUCACCGCCCCCGAUCGGGUCACAUUCGUGAAAGGCACAUGCCCCGAAGAAUCCAAAUGGUGGCUCAAUAUACUGGCCGCAUUCCCCAAAUCUAAGGGACGCCAUAAACGCAAUGCCACAUUUCCAGGCGGUCAAGCAACUACAACGAUUUUGCAGCAAAUGAAUACAGACGCAUACAAUGCUGCUGCCGCGGGCGUACCGACACGCAAUCGUCAUAAUUCAUACCACAAGGAUGCAUUGACGUCCGUGCAAUCGACCAGCGUGCUAAUUGGCAGUGGCGGCAAUAAUGUUACGCAGCGUAAAGCUAAUGCCGUGACGACAGCGGCAAAGACGGCGUCGUCGACGACGCGCACCAGUGACUAUCGCAAUGUUGCGGACGAUGAGGAUGAUGACGAUGAUGAUGAGGCCGAUGUAGACGAUGAUGAUGAUGACGAGGACGAUGGCGUCGAGACUGGAGAGGAUGAAGAAGAAGAAGAAGAGGAUGAGCAUGUAGGUGUGCGUGUCGCUGACGAAAUGGACAGUGGCAAAAAUGAAACGCAACUAGAUGAAAAAAGUCGUGGUGAUAUUAAAGAUACUAACAGCAAAGUAUCAUCAUCAUGUCUACUCAUCGAGGAUAUCCGACGGGAUGAAAAGACGUUCAAAGACAUUGCCAACACUAUAACAAAUCUAAGUCAACAGAAAAAUCGCUGGUCCAAUACAACUGUCAAUAAUGUACUCAAUAGUCAUCUGCAUCAUACGGCGGUGGCGGCGGCGGAGAAGAAUUCGCGUGAUGAAACCGAUUACCAUCGACCAACGAACAAACAACAAUUACAGCAUCAUCAUCAGCAACAACAACAGCAACAGAAACAGAGCAAUAUUUCUAGUUUGAGACCAAAGUCAUUACCAUUGGCAGCGAAUUCGACGCCUGCCAUUGUUUCGGCCAUAGUCAAGAAGAUACCGCCAGUGUUAUCGACAUCCAACAACAACAGCGGUAACAACAACAAUAAUGUGAAUACUAAUAACAAUAUUACAGCAUCAACAAAUGAUAGCAGCAAUAAGAACAACAAUAGUACAAACGAAAUUGGAAAGGGGGUUGUUGGCGGUAUUGGUCUGGGCAAUAAUAAGUGCAAAUCUAGUCCACGAUUGCAAUUACAAUUGAAAAAUCUACAACAGAAACACGAAAGCAAUCAGCACCGGCAACAACACUUGCAACCGUCAAAGCAUCAGCAGAGGCAACAACAGGCGCACGAAAGAGGCGAUCCGGAUGGCGGCUGUAAUCUUGACGAUCUUUCCACCAACUACCUAGCUAAGACGGCGGAGUUACGUGUCAAUCCGCCUGCUGAGGAGUCACUCAACACCAAAAAGGGCUGGCUAAUGAAGCAAGAUAACCGCACCGGCGACUGGACGAAGCAUUGGUUCUCAUUGAGUGGUGCCGCACUCUUCUAUUAUCGUGACCCGGUGUCAGAGGAACGUGGCGUGCUAGAUGGCGUGUUGGAUGUGAAUAGUCUUACUAAUGUAGCGGAAGUCAGUGCCAGUAAGAGUUAUGCCUUUCAGCUGACAUCCUGGGAUCAGCGGCGCCUCAUUUUGGCAAGCUUAUCGCCUAGCUCACGGAAUAGUUGGAUUGCCAUAUUACGAAAUAUUGCCGGUUUGCCAGCCCUACUGUCCACCAACAAUACGAACAACAAUAGUCAAACGCUUACAGAUGCCGAUGUGCCGCCAACAGUGGAAUUGGUUAUUAAAGACGGCGCCGUUACUCCAAAUAUAAAAAGUGAAAUUGAGAAAGAUUUCAUUAAGGCGCAACGUAACCACGAAUUGCAUAAGAAACCACCAGCAGCUCCCAAGCAAAAUAUCGCACUCCAUCAACACCUGAAUGAAACUAGUCCCCCCGCUACACAGCAAGUUCUAUUGCAAUCCAACAGCAGUACUCCAGCCAAAGCUCUUGUUUCCACAACUCCGUCUACACCAAAAACUACGCAUUUCUCUUCAGACGAGGAGUACCGUACUGCUUCUGAGGGCGGCCGUCGAGAUAGCGUUGACUGGGGCUCUCCGCUUUCACCAUCCCCGCCAAUAACAACUUCGAUUUUGCGAAAUCGCGAUCGUUUGUAUGCACGUACAGCCGCUACAACAGCUGGCAGGCCACACAAGCGUAGCCAUUCUUCACCUCCAACGUCUCGUCGGAGUACGGUGGAUAGCAUUGGCUCGGACGAACUUUCACCACCUCCUACAAUGCAUCCGGUGCAGGAGGAACUCAGCAUUGAUAAAGAAUUACAAUUCCGCCUGAGCGUAGCGGAGAAAGAGCGCAAUAUGCUGCGCGAUGAAGCCAAAGAACGCGAGACCCGUAUGUCUGAAUUGUUGACAACACUGGAACGCACGGAGCAACAGCUCAAUGCGCGCUUACAUGAAAUGGAAUUGGUACGUGAUAAUCUAACUGCUCAAUUGGAAGAGACAAAACGCAAUGCCGAAGUUAUUGUAGAUCGGCUUACAGAUGAUUUGGAGGAGAGUCAAAAGAAAAUAAAAGAUCUGGAAGAUAGGCUGGCGCGUGGAAUUGAUGAGAAUGAAGCACUCUAUAAGCGUGUGCAUGAAUUGGAAGGCAGUAGUUUGAACAGCUUUAGCCAAAUUAAUCGCGGAAAGCUUAAGCGCAUGGAUUCGUUGAGUGAUCUUACUCAGAUCGGUGAUAUUGAUCCAUUUGCAUUGGAGCGAGAUACGCUUGCUGAUGAAUAUAAUGAAUUGCGUUCCCGUUUUGUCAAGGCGGUAAACGAGAUUAAGGCAAUGAAGCGUGAACUGAAAGAGUCUCAAAACCAAUUUGAUUCUUUAGAAAUAUCAUAUGCAGCGCUUAAGCAAGACCUUGAACGGAAGGAGAUUGAAGAUCGUGCGCAAGUGCAGAUGAUGGCAGCCCGCAUACAAGAUCUAACUUUAAAGUACAGUAGUUCGGAACGACAGGUGCGUACGCUAAAGCAGAAGAUGGCCAAGUCUGAGCGUAGACGUUCACUUUCACUCAAGGGUAAAGAUCAGUUAAGUAUACCUAAAGAAUUAGAAAUAAAAGUAUGCGAAUUGGAGGCGAAAAUCGAUGAAAUAGAAAAGCUCAAUAGUUCGAACUCAGAGGCAAGUCGUUCGAUUUCGAAGAAAUCUUCAAGAAGACGUUCACUUGAAAGCAAUGCUAGUAAUAACGAUCCACUUCAAUUUAUGUUACGGCUGAAUGAUUUAGAAAAACGUUUAGAUGAUACGUCAGCUGCAGGUUCAAUCAGUUCGUCAUCUACGCCUACACCCUCCUGCAAUACUCCAACUAUAGAAAUGGCAUCGCGCAACUCCGCUAAAGUUUCCGAGCAUUUGCUAGAUCGACUGCGUUGUCUUGAAAGUGUUUUAGUGACAAGUAGAGAUCGUCUGGAAAAAAGUCUACAUCAGCUACAAAAUCUACGCUCCUCUCAUAGUCGUCGUUCUGUUUCGCCAAUUACCGAUCGUAAAGAUUCGUACCGUUUAGUAGAACGUUGCCUGAGUGAAGUCGUAAAAUUGAUUCGUGAGUCUUGUGAAACUUGUAUAAUCAGUGGAAGUGGUGGCGAUAAAUAUACGGUGCCGAGUGUAAUGUUGCUGCCUGAUUCCAAUCCAGUGAAGAUUGCGCUUACUCAGCUGGAGUCACAGUUGCGUACCAAACUCGCAGAGCUACUCAAGCAACGUCGUGUGUUGCGAGAGCGAAACGAACUAACCGAACGCAAAAAUAUGGAACUUUUGGCGGAGCGUGUAGCAUUUGAAAGCGUUUGCUUCGGUAAACUACGCGACUCAGUCAUGCGUGCGGAAAACCCUGAACUUUUCUGUGAAAAACAAACGCGCACAGAAGUAGCGGAGACGUCUCACCUUAUGACGAUGCUUAAAGCUAAACUAAGUGGUAAAUGUGCGUUAAAGUCCAGUGGCACACUCGAUAUACUGGCAGGAGUAUUGGCACGUAGACUGAUGCUAUCUAACUGUCGUAAGGAGACAGCCAGCAGUAAAGAGAUGCUCGAACCUGUUGAUAAGAAUAUCAUGGAAGAUUUGCUUAGACAACAGAAUGAAAUCAAUCUCAUUGCCAAACGUUACAAAAAUAAUGCCAUGGAAAAUCUAGCAAGUGGUUUAGCUGCAGAAACCUUGAGUUAUAUCUCUUCAAAUGACUUGGUGCAAGGCGCUGUACAGGAAGCUUGGCGCCAAGCGCAAGAGACCGUUAAUGCGGAGCUAGUGCAGUCUGAGAUUACCCACAUCAUGCUGCGUAAUGCGGAACGUUUUGAGCAGUCACUUACGCCUUCAUUUGGUUAUACGCUGACCGCCGAAGAACGCCUUUCUUUCGAGAAAUUUGCUGACGCAGUGCAUGAUGCCUUGCGUAAAGAGAUGGAAUUAGCUGUUGCACAGCUUACUCAAUGUUACAAAGAGGCCAUACAAAAGAUGAAACGUGGUCAAUGGCGUCUACAGCUAGAGCAAGAGCGCAAGAUUUCGGAAGGCCGGCAGUUGCUUUCCGAUUUCGCGGAUAUAAUUGCGCAUAAAGCGCUUGUAGAUGCGCGCAUAACUGUUCUGCGUGGUGAAUAUGUCGAGCAGCAGUUGACUAAAGAGAACACCGAUCAUGUUCAAAAGGACUGCCAGCCAAACAAACUUGGUAUUACUGCACUGCAACGAUAUGAGAGUCUGUUCGAGGAACUUUCAAAUGAUUUGCAGAUCAACAACGCUGCCGAUAUACUGGCCGAUGCUGAUUUUGAAUUCAUCUACAAGCAGCAUACGAUCGAUUUUCUGAACGAUCGACAGGUAUUAUCAGAAAUCUCAACGUUCCUCAGUCAAUUGGAGGAUUCGCUCAUAGCAUUGCAAUGUGAGGCUUCUGCUUCUACAACGUCAAUACCGCGCUCAACUGUCUCCAUUGAAAGUUUACAAGAUGUGUGUCACAAAUGUGGUGAUUUACGUCAACGCGCUGAUCAACUCUGCCAAGAGAUACACCGCGCUCUCAACACUCCCUGUCAGCAUUGUCGCCAAGUUCACGAGAAACUGUUGCGACUGCAGCAGCAGCAUGAACACGAAAUUAUGCAACUACAACAGGCACAUGCCAAAGAUAAGAGUACAUAUAUGCAACAGCUGGAGAAUCAACGUAAUGUUUUCAAAAAGAUCGAAGCGGAAAAGGAAGCUGUGACCACUGAGCUGCAAUAUAGCAAUGAAUUGUUAGAACAGCGUGCAAGUGAGCUUGCCACUGUUAAUGACAAAUUGCAAACCAAAGAGCAAGAGUUGCGAGGCAAGCACGGAGAUCAAUUAUCCUUGUUGCAUCAACUCGAAGAACAAGUGGAGAAAGCACGAAAUCACGAGGAAGAGAGUAAUGCUUUAGUUGAGAAAUGUGCGCGACAGGAUGAAGAGUAUGCCGUAUUGCUGCAGGAACGUGAUUAUUUGCAGUCCGAACUGAAUAAAGAGAAAGAACGCAGCCGAAGGUUCGAGCGCCGAUUAGAAAUGUUAGAACUGGAACACAGCAAACAAUUGGAAUGCCUGCAAGAAACCUAUCGUGAUCAGUUAAUGGCACACUCACCCGAUUUCAGUAACGUCACUAGUGAUGACGAAAGCUUCCGGCAGCGUUAUCAAGCAGAAAUCGAGCAGCUUAGGACCCUUUGUGAGAAGGGCCUCUCAGCUAUGGAGUCCUCACAUCGGCGCAUUGUCGCCGAUUUGGAGGAGAAACACCGUCAAGAAAUUGAGCGUCUGCUAUUGGAGAAGGAAACCGCUUUAGCUGAGGAAACACAAGCUACCUUGGCCGCAUUGGAUGCCAUGCGGAAAGCUCAUCAGAGUGAAGUACAGCGUGAAGUGGCGCGUUUCAAACAGGAGUUCUUGAAGCAAUUCCAAAAAGGCGAACACUCCGCCUACACUGCCAAAGCAAAUGAAGAGGAACUUGAAGAACUGCGACAGGAAAUCUUAUCAUUCUCCGAGAAGUUCUCCAUAAAAUGCGUUGAAAACGCUUCGUUGGAAGAGAAGUUACGCAAUACCACGCAAAAGUUGAAACAUUUGCAGCAAAUGCAGCAGCUGGAGUUGAGAAAUAAACAAUUUCGUGCACAUUUGGACUCUGAAGACCCCAAAACAGAUGCGAAAUUCGUGCAAGGGCUUUGCUCAGCGAAGGAUGAUGGUGUCGUAUGCGAAGACAGUGAGGCUAAAUCGCAUGCGCAUGGUGUGUUACAUGAGCUUGUCGAUGAGAAAACAGCGAUUGUAGAAAAUGUGGUACCGGUGCCAAUGACGUCAACACAGAACACCACACCACCUCCAUCUACCUGUACAGUUUCACUAGCUAUUCAUGGAGCAUUGGCAACGCCUAAACCAUCAGCUUCUUCUAUUGUAACACCAACAACAACCGUCAACAAACAAUUUGCCACGCGUUUAGCUGUUGACAAGAAAUCUGAAAAUAUUGUUGUUGAUGAGCAUAGAGAAUAUGUUAGUGAUAAUAAACAGAAUAGUGAUAAUAAUAAUGAUGUUGGUGAUAAUGAUGAAUUGAAUGCCAUUUUCUAUACAUAUGAGCCCUGUUAUAAGCAAAGCAAUUUGCACUAUUUUCAAAGUAGGCUGACUUUUGAAGGUUUAAAAUCUUCCACGUUCGGCAAGAGAUUGAGAACAACCUCACGGAAAUGCACCAUAGACGACGCUGACAGCAGCAAGCAAUCAACUGCAACAUGUGCGUUCACAACAACAACGACAACAACAUCGUCACCAACAUCAUCGAACAAUGCGUCGUUGGCUACAGCAACAACACUCACGCCUAAAUUAACGGUAGUUGAAUUAAAUACCAGCUCAAAGAAGAGCGUGGAGCCAAUUAAAACGCUUGAGAGCGGUGUGCACGGCCAAAAUUGGCAAUUAAAAAAAGCAGUUGAGCAAAACGAACAGUGUGCAGAUUUGCAAAAGCAACAAGAACAAAAUAUUAACCAGUUAAAGCUAAACCAAAAACAACAAUAUGAGAUUGCUGUUGCGCCCUUGGCUGUUGCAGCGGACCAAGCAAAUACUAAAAAUAGUCACAAGUCAAAAGCAACAACAACAAAAUAUAUUAAUAUACAAGAAAUAACAAAUGCAAACCCAACAAGCGAAUCCCCUUCAUCAACAAUAACAUUAACACGAACAAAACCAGUGGAGCAACCAAAGAUUUCUAGUGCUAAUAAAUAUAUUUAUAAUUAUAAUUAUAAUAAUUACAAUAAUAACAAUAACAAUAAUCAAAGCAAAAAUUUUGCUAAUAUUAGUAGUACUAAUGAAAAUGUUAAUACUAAAAAUAUUAUUGCUGAAAAUAGCAAUAUUAAUGUACAUAGUGUUAGUGCAAUAAAUUCUAGCAGCAGCAACAAAAACAACAGCAACGUUACAGGUUUAGUGAAUGCAAAACAUGAGCAAAGCAAUAGAGCUACCGUAAAUACGCAACCGAUAACGCAAUCAGCAUACACUGUAACAGCAAAAGUAAUAACAACAAAUCCACCAGCAACAGCAAAAACAACCACCACAAAACCAAGAACCGCUGGUUAUAUGCAUGUGGCCGAACGUAAUGCCAUCAAUUUAAAUAGUUUUACAGAUUUUGUGCGCAAAACAACAACAAUAGCAAAUGGUGCCACAACAACAACAGCAAGCGAGGAAACAAAAUUAGGCCGCAAGACAACUGCCAAGUGCACUGACUCCAAUGAUAACAACAGCGAGGAUAUUGUUAAUGCAAAUGAUGAUGUUGGUGAUGAUACGCGACAACAAGAACAACAGCGGCAUGCAACAUUUGGCAACAAUAACAAUAAAAUGCAAAAUAAAGAGUGUGUUAAUAAAGCAUAUAAUACAACAACAGCUACAGCAGUGUUGGGUAGGCGUACACACGAACACACUCCCUUUUGUUCGCCCACUUCCGUUUCGAGCGGAAGUGAUGCUGAGCAUGCGAAUAUGUCCCAAAUAACGAAAACACGUACGCCAUCCAGCACCGCGAUGACGAGAAGACCGACGAAAGCGAUUCAAAAACACUUGAGACGAUUCGAGUUGGAGAUUUAGCGUACGGCUAACAUUAUUUUCCUAUGUUUACUUAUGAUACGUAAAAAACUUAUAAUAUAUACACUACAUGCAUAUGUGUUUAAUAUAUGAAAUUAUUACUCGAUAUCAUAUUCUAAAAUUCAAAAUAUGCCAAACUAUUGAAUAAAUCGAAAUUAAAAUACCAGCUAGGAAAGCUAAAGCUAAUAUUUAGAUCACUUUUCUGAACCUACGCAAAUUAUGGCAUAUAA